GGCAAUUUCCCAUUGUCUGUUUCAAACACUUGGAAUUCUACAAAGCUUUUCAUCAAUGAGAAAAUUCCAGAAAUUUUGGAGUUCAAGACAAGAUUAUCUGAAGCUAUUUCAAAUGGAACCAUUGCUGACAUUGUUGAUACACCUUCUCAACUCAUGAGCCAAUCAUCUGGAGGGUCGAUGUAUACUCCUGAACAGAAAUUAUGUCACAACGCUGAAAUCAUGUCACUACCACAAAUGAUGUCUCUUUCUAGGGAUACAAACUGUGUUACUGUUGUCAACACUGUUCGAGUGAGGACUAAUAAUAAGGGAUGGUAUUAUCAAGCUUGCUAUAAAUGUCCCAAAACUGCAAGCGGUGAUUAACCACCUUUUAAGUGUGGUGAUGGCCAUCCAACUGAAACUGAGAUUUGGAAGUAUCGAGUUGAUGUUGAUGUUGUAUAUGCAAAUACUGAAGCAACAUUUACCUUUUGGGACCGUGAAUGCGAAGAGAUCUUCAAAGAAUCGGCAGCUUCUCUUCGUGCUAAAAUGAUUGCGAUAGGAUAUAACGACCCUCGCGAAUAUCCUACCACCAUUGACACAAUUGAAGGUCGAACUUUGGCAGUACGAGUUAAGUGGCAGCCUAAAUGGUCAAAUGGAUCUGUUCAAGGAGUUCAUGACGGAGAAAACUUCAUUGAGGAUCUCAAAGCUCAAUUCACUUCUGCUCAAGAUCCCAAACCACUGGAACAAGUUCCCUCCCCCUUCACUGAGGAAAUUACAUCUUCUGAAGCUGUUGAAUCCAAUCGUGAAGCAGAUUAUCUUAUUCCAACGGUCUCUUUGUCUGAUACUGAUGAAAUUGAUCCUAAUCUGUUGACAAUGAAUACACCUUCAAAAAGAACUGGAGCUGAUCUUAAAGAUGACAACAUUGAAGCUGCUGAUUUCAUUGGUUCCAAACUAUCUUCCACUAAAAUGCCGAAACACCCAAAAAUGGAGUAACCGAUGUUGUAAUCGACUAAUAUUGCUAUGUUUAGGAUUUGUGCUUAUCAGUAACAAUAUAACUUAAUGCCUCCUUUUUUUAUGUGUUCUUGAAACAAUAGAACAC